AUUGCCAAUGCCUUUGGCCGCCAGACCCGUGAUGCCCUGUGGCGCGGCAUGAACCCUAGCUGGGACACACCCGCCGGCGCAAGGGCCAGCGCGGAGCGCACUCUCCAGCGGUGGAAGAGCAUCACCACGGACAAGGACGGCCAGCGAAACACGAUAUACCUCAUCGCCACCAUCCCCACGACGCCGGAUGCUGCUGCUGCUGCCAGCGCCCAUGUACCAGACGGUGAAAAUGAGGCCAGGACCAUUGUCGGCAUCGCCAUUUGGGCGCAGAUCUCGGAAGUCCCCGGCUACGGCGACCCGGUGCACCCGGACAUCCGGGACGCCGAUGGCAAAGGGUACAACCUGGCCGCCGAGCUGUACCCAGACGACAAGCGGGAGCAGCGGUACAUCGCGCAGGCCAUUGCGUCCCUGGUGAAGCGGCGCAAGGAGGUCAUCCGCGAGAAGGCCGCUGCUUUUGAGAAUCGGACGCUCCUAGAAGGGGAGAAGCCCGCAAACUUCCACCUGGACCUGUGUGUUGUCGAUCCGGUGUGGCAGCGGCGCGGCAUCGCGCAGAAGCUGGUGGGCUGGGGCCUCGCCGAGGCCAGGAGGAGAGGCGGGCUCGAGUGCAGCACUGAGGCCAGCGACAUGGGCCGCGGGGCCUACAUGAAGCUCGGGUUCAAGCCAGAGGGGGAUGAGCCGAAGGACAUUGUGUUUGAGGUCGAUGAGGAGUUCAAGAACGAAGGGAGGGCAUCUUUGCCACCAAACUUGUUUCUGAGAACGGGA